UCCCUCCCGGCCCCCCCCGGCCCCCCCGCCCCCGCCGGCGCUGCCCAUGGGCCCGGCGCGAUGCCGGUGCGGCGGGGGCACGUCGCCCCCCAGAACACCUUCCUGGACACCAUCAUCCGCAAGUUCGAGGGGCAGAGCCGCAAGUUCAUCAUCGGGAACGCGCGGGUGGAGAACUGCGCUGUGAUCUACUGCAACGAGGGGUUCUGCCGGCUCUGCGGGUACUCGCGGGCCGAGGUGAUGCAGCAGCCCAGCACCUGCGACUUCCUGCACGGGCCCCGCACCCAGCGCCGCGCGGCCGCUCAGAUCGCACAGGCCCUGCUGGGGGCCGAGGAGCGCAAGGUGGAGAUCUGCUUCUACCGCAAGGAUGGCAGCUCCUUCCCAUGCCUGGUGGAUGUGGUGCCAGUGAAGAACGAGGAUGGCGCCGUCAUCAUGUUCAUCCUCAACUUUGAGGCCGUGAGGGAGCCUGAGCCGGGGGAGGCCCCAGCCCCCAGCACCAACCACUGGGUCACCCCGGCCCCCUGGGGCCCUGCAGGGCGCAGCCGGUCCCUGCGGCUGAAGCUGCUGGCGCUCACGGGCAGCCGCCAGUCGCUGCCGCCGGAGCCGCCGGAGCCGCCGGACGUGGUGGUGGUGGACCCGGGGGUCGUGGACCCGCUGGUCAUGGACCCAACCCUGCCUGGCAGCGACUCGGGCCCUGAGGACGCCUCAUCCUCGCUGGAGCCCGGGGCUGGGGACCGUCCCGAGGACGAGGCGGCGCUGAUGGGGGACUCCGAACCGCCAGUGACACAGUCGUCCCCUCGGGCCGAGCGCCUGGCGCUGGCCUUCAUCAACCACAGCCUGGCCCGGAGCCAGUCCCAGGAGCGUCGCUCCCGGGAGAGCCUCCGCAGCCUGCGCCGGGCGUCGUCCGUCGACGACAUCGAGGCCAUGAAGGGUGACGGGGACAAACGCUGCCACAACCGCCACACCAGCGCCAGCACCGGCCUGCACCGCGGCUCCAGCACUGGCGCGGUGGCCGCCGUGCGCAGCGCUCUGCUCAACUCCACGUCGGACUCGGACCUGGCGCGGUUCCGGGCCAUCGGCCGCAUCCCGCAGAUCACCCUCAACUUCGUGGACCUGCAGCCGGGGGGGCUCCUGGCCCCGCCCCCGGCCCCCCGCCCCAUCAUCGCCCCCACCAAACUGCGCGACCGCACCCACAACGUCACCGAGAAGGUCACGCAGGUGCUGUCGCUGGGUGCCGACGUGCUCCCCGAGUACAAGCUGCAGGCGCCGCGCAUCCACCGCUGGACCAUCCUGCACUACAGCCCCUUCAAGGCGGUGUGGGACUGGCUGAUCCUGCUGCUCGUCAUCUACACAGCCAUCUUCACGCCCUACUCGGCCGCCUUCCUGCUCAGCGACUCGGAGGAGGCCCAGAGGCACCACUGCGGCUACUCCUGCAGCCCCCUCAACGUGGUCGACCUCAUCGUGGACAUCAUGUUCAUCAUCGACAUCCUCAUCAACUUCCGCACCACCUACGUCAACUCCAACGAGGAGGUGGUCAGUCACCCCGCCAAGAUCGCCAUCCACUACUUCAAGGGCUGGUUCCUCAUUGACAUGGUGGCCGCCAUCCCCUUCGACCUGCUCAUCUUCGGCUCCGGCUCCGAGGAGACAACGACGCUGAUCGGGCUGCUGAAGACGGCGCGGCUGCUGCGGCUGGUGCGGGUGGCGCGGAAGCUGGACCGGUACUCGGAGUACGGGGCGGCCGUGCUGUUCCUGCUCAUGUGCACCUUCGCCCUCAUCGCCCACUGGCUCGCCUGCAUCUGGUACGCCAUCGGCAACGUGGAGGGGCAGAGCACGGGCUGGCUGCACGCCCUGGGCCAGCAGAUCGGCAAGCCCCUCAACAGCAGCGACCCCCGCCGAGGGCCCUCCAUCAAGGACAAGUACGUCACCGCGCUCUACUUCACCUUCAGCAGCCUCACCAGCGUCGGCUUCGGCAACGUGUCCCCCAACACCAACUCCGAGAAGAUCUUCUCCAUCUGUGUCAUGUUGAUUGGAUCGCUGAUGUACGCCAGCAUCUUCGGGAACGUGUCGGCCAUCAUCCAGCGGCUGUACUCGGGCACUGCCCGCUACCACACGCAGAUGCUGCGGGUCCGCGAGUUCAUCCGCUUCCACCAGAUCCCCAACCCGCUGCGCCAGCGCCUCGAGGAGUAUUUCCAGCACGCCUGGUCCUACACCAACGGCAUCGACAUGAACGCGGUGCUAAAGGGGUUCCCCGAGUGCCUGCAGGCCGACAUCUGCCUGCACCUGAACCGGAGCCUGCUGCAGAACUGUGCCCCGUUCCGGGGGGCCACCAAGGGCUGCCUGCGGGCGCUGGCCAUGAAGUUCAAGACCACCCACGCGCCCCCCGGGGACACGCUGGUGCACGCUGGGGACGUGCUCACCGCACUCUACUUCAUCUCCCGCGGCUCCAUCGAGAUCCUGCGUGGGGACGUCGUCGUCGCCAUCCUGGGUGAGACCAACACCUUUGGGGAGCUGCUGCACCUGCAUGUGCGGCUGGGAAAUUUUCUAGGCGCCUUCUCGGGGGUCUCCAACAUCUUCAGUUUUUGGGGUGACACCCGGGGCCGCCAGUACCAGGAGCUCCCCCGUUGUUCCCACGGGGCCCCCCCAAAUCCCACCCCGACCCUGACCCGCCGCCAGCGCUCUGACCUGGAAUCCCGCUUGGAUCUGCUCCAGAAACAGCUCAACAGGCUGGAAUCCCGGCUGAGCACGGACAUCUCAUCCAUCGUGCACCUGCUGCAGCGCCAGGUGUUGGUGCCCCCCGCCUACAGCACCGUGACCUCCCCCCACCAGCCCCCCCCGGGGCCGCUGCAGCCUCCCCUGCCCAUCACCCCCCUGCGGCCGCUCGCUCAGGUGAGGGACCCUGGGGUCGGGGGCACCUGCUUUGGGGAUCAUCCUACUGUCACAGCCUCUGUGGGCUGGGGUCACACUUGA